CCGGAGGCGUGCGUCUCAUCGCCAUUUUGUAUGGCCGCCGGGCGGGCAUACGUCUGUUUCCGGAUUGAAGGCUCCGGACGCGAGAAGGGGAAGUGCGCGUCGUGGGUUGACUAAGUUAGGGGAGAAAAUUGGAAGAGGACCAUAUGAACUUGUCUGGAGCUGCAGGCCUUGGAAUGCUGAAGAGUAGAUUGGUGGAAAUGUCUAAUGGUUUAUAAGUGAUCAAACAUUCCUUUUACACUAAGCCAGGAGUGAGUGGAGCAAAGAUGCCAAUUCCACCACCCCCUCCACCUGGGCCUCCUCCUCCUCCAACUCUCAGCCAGGCAAACACAGAAGCACCAAAAUUGAGCAGAGAUGAGCAGCGAGGGAGAAAUGCUCUGCUACAAGACAUUUGUAAAGGGGCCCAAUUGAAAAAAGUGACUCAAGUUAAUGAUCGCAGUGCGCCUAUCCUUGAAAAAUCCAAGAGUGGCAGCAGCUAUAAUUCUACUACAUCUCCCCUUCCAACAAAGGUGGGCCUUUUCCAAGGUGGUAUCCCCAAACUACGACCCAUGGGAGGAAAGGAGGGUUCAGACAACUCCUCUGGGAAGGUACUACAUCAGGGUCCUGGGGGUAGAUCAGCUGCACCCCGGCCUCCUGUGUGUGCUACCAGCACCCGACCCCAAGAUGACACUGAAAAUAGCCGAGCUUCUCCUCCAGAGCUUCCACGCAUGCAGAGACCUUCAUUGCCAGAUCUUUCACGGCCAAACAGUGCCAGUGGCACUGGUAUGAAGCACAGCUCUUCAGCCCCCCCACCGCCACCUCCUGGACGGCGAGCCAAUGCUCCACUUGCUCCACAUUCUAUGCAUAAUAGCAAAGCACCUUCCUACAACCGUGAGAAGCCAUUGCCACCAACUCCAGGUCAAAGGCUUCCGGGAAAUCGUGAUGGACCUCCAGCUCCUCCUCCCAUCAAGCCACCCCCAUCCCCAGUAAAUAUCCGGUCAGGUCCAAGCAGUCAGAGCCAAUCCUUGGUACCCCCUCCCCCACCUUACCGACAGCCUCCUGGUGUCCCUAAUGGCCCUGCCAGCCCUAUUAAUGAAUCUGCUCCUGAGCUUCCCCAGAGACAUAAUUCCUUACAUAGAAAGGCACCUGGUCCAGGGAGGGGUAUGGCACCUCCCCCUCCUCCUUCAGCAUCUCCUUCCUUACAAAAUAGUCGGCCCCCACCUCCUGCCCGUGAUCCACCAAGCCGAGGUGCAGCUCCUCCUCCACCACCACCCCUGAUACGAAAUGGUGGAAGAGAUGCACCUCCACCACCUCCACCCUACAGAAUACAUGGGUCUUCAGAUCCCAUGAACCGUGGAAAACCACCCCCUCCUCCUACCAGAACACCAGUUGGACCACCCCCUCCUCCCCCACCAAUGAGAAAUGGACAUCGGGACUCUAUCUCUACCGUGAGAUCUUAUUUGGAUGACUUUGAAUCCAAAUACUCUUUUCAUCCAGUUGAAGAUUUCCCAGCUCCAGAAGAAUUCAAAUAUUUCCAGAGAAUUUAUCCCAGCAAAACUAAUAGAGCUACUCGUGGGGCCCCUCCUCUGCCUCCUGUCCCUAGGUGAAAAACAGCAAAUGAGCAAUUUUGCUUAGCACCAAAACAAAUAAGACUUGUUCUUAAAUUCUCUCCCCGCCUCCAAACAAGCAUUCCUCAGAAAUCUGCAUGAAAAAUACAUUCCUGCUUUUUUUAAUUGCAAGAACCUGGGCGAACUAUCAUUACUCAACAUUGUCUAUGCAUUUCAUUCCCUGAUAUAAAAAGGCAUCUAUGGGCAUAGCCAGGUGAGAAUACUCCUGCAGAUCAAUACUAAUUUCCUACCUUUCCUGCUAUCUUUGCCAUGAAGGGAGGGAAACCCUCAGUUCAUAAACACUACAGUUCAAGAACAAGGGAAGAGUGAAUGUUUCCCAGGAAAGAAAACCAACAGAACAACAAAACUGUGGGCCAAAUUGAAACAGUUAUUUAAAGAUGCUUGCUUAUCAUAAGGAAGAAAAUGGCCACAAAUUGUAUAAAUUAGGGAACAUUCAUUUUUUUAAAGGAUUGUGUUAUGAAAAGAAUUGAAAUGGCUGCUUCAUUUUUCAUUGCAGGCACUACAUACUCAAUUAUUAAACUUUGUAACUUAAAGCAGGAAGAGAAAGAUUAACUAAAUGGCAUGUCUUAAAAGACGGUUUAAAAAAUUGACAAAGCUGCAUUAGAAUAGCAGUAUCUGUAGAAGUGCACCAACAAAAGGCAAGUAUAGCAGUUACCGUGCUAUGUUUUGGCAGAGUUCUUGUCCUGCAGAUCUGGACCCAUAAUCUUUGAUUGUCAGUUUCUCCAAAAGAUAGCUGGCAUCUAAAAUGAAGCUUCUCAAAAUGGGAUUCUACAGAAUAAAAAAUAUUGUAGAGAUGAACAGAUUGUAAAGUCUAAUAGCCAUCACUGAUACCUGUGUUGUAUUAAAAAAAAAGGCAUGACUGAUAUUGAGGAAGUAGUAUCCCCUGAAAGUAAAAAGAACAAUGUCCUGACAAGCACUGCGGAUGAAAAACUUGUUUAUAGGCAAACUAGUGGAUUAAUGUCGCAAUACAAUGUUGGCCAUAGAUAAUACACUGAAGAUGCUACACCAGUAUAGAACAAAAUAUAUAUUAUGUUCCAACUUAUUUCUAAUGCUUGAAUGUCCUAUGUCUUCAGAAGAUCCUUGCUCUCCUUAACAGAAAUGCCCAGCUUCAUUGUCUUAUGCUAUGAAUAUCUUUCAGACAUAAUCAGUCUUGAAAAUGUAACCAUCUAUUGGUGAGGGAUGGCAAAAGAGUGAGAAGUAUUCUAUUUUUUUGCUGAGAAGUGGAUGGGCCCUGGCUACCAUAUCCCAAGAAGAGUGUCACUGACUGACUGAAGGUCCCAUUGGCAUACAUUCCAGUCUAGUAAUGAGGAACAUACCUUUGAUGGCAGACUUCCAGUUACAGUUUUUAAACGAUACUUUGUUUAAAUGAUAUUUUGUUCUAGCUCAAAGCUGAUCUUUAGUGGUUAGCACCUACUUCAAUGAAACAACUUUGAAAGCGACAGAAACUGAUGAAAUCCUUCAUAUUUUAUUUUUGCUGGUUGUACACAAUUGACAUUUUUUUCUGUAGUUCUUGCACAGACAUUUUUAUAAGGUGGACGGGUGUCAGUUAUAUUUGUGACUUUUAGGAUGCUUGUUAAGUCUUUUGCAACGGUGCCACUAAUUCUAGCUAGGUCUCUUAGUGGUGUCAUAAGAAAUUUAAUAGUGCUGGCCUUGUCUCUGAGAUCAAAGAAGGUAUUUACAUUUGGUGUUUUCCAGUAUCAGAAAAAGGCCAAGUAUGGAUUGAAUAUCUGCUUCUCAACACAGUAGUUUAUACUGCUGAAGAGUCCCCUAUGGGGAUCCAUCUCUCCUUUUCCCUCUCUCCAUAUAAAUCUGUUGGAAAGCAAAUUCCAACAGUAGAAUUGCCCAAUUCUGGACUAGACACCACUAAGCAGACUCUGAAGCAGAAGCAAACUUUUCCUCUCAUUUUAUCUCAUGCUCUGCAGGUGGUUGUAACAUCAAGCCUAGAUUGCUUGUUGGUGUUUUGCCUUAUACAGUAGUUCUGUUAUGUGAUUGGUACAAGAUUUAUUAUAACUAUUGUGUGUAUUUACUCUUAAAAAUGUGGCAUUGGAAAAUUUGUGUUAUAAUGAUAAAUAUUGAUCUACUUUUUAUGUUGUAAAAAGUUUGUAGGCUUGCUAGCCAUAUACUACAAAAAUUCCUUUACCACCUACUUUUUUUUUAUGAUGAUGGAAAUUUGUCUGCUUUUAAGUUAAUGACUGGGCAGCCUCUCAUGUUGAGGGACUAAUGCUUGGUCAGAGGAAUUUUUUUUUCUUCUGGAAGAAAAUUAAAUCUUAUCCAGCAUAACUUGCUGGGAAGAAAAGUUAAAUGCACUGUGCAUUUUGGGAAAGGGUUUUUUUUUUAAUUAUUAUUAUGUUCUGUAUAAUGUCAGCUUCCAAUAAGUAUAUCUUUGGGAAGCACUGUGAAGCUUGAAAUGGCAGUCAAAUGGAAACUGAAUACAAGAAGCAUAGGGUCAUAUUUGCAUGUUCUUGUCCAAAGAAUUUGCACGUUCUUGUUACCUCUUGCCCAUAACUCUUCCUGAGCCAAGCUAUUUGGUGGUUUAAUUAUGUGAGUGGGCAAGAUGUAUUUGCGUUUCCUUGCUAAAACAAGAGUUUGUACAAGGUGAUUUUAAACGCAUUUUCAUACGCAUUCUGAAAACAUCCAGAGAAACCAUAUAUUUGCAGUUAGCAUUAUCAAGGUAAAAUCUUAAUUAUCUUAUAAAUCAAUUUCACCAGUCUAGUGCCCCCCCAAAUCUGUGAUGCCUGCAACAUCCAAUAAUACUAGCCAACGUUAAUGUUAGUUAAAAGUUAGUUAAAAUUGAUGGCAAUUGUAGUCUGUCAUCUGUGAGAUCCAUCUUAGGGAAGACUGCCUUAGAUCAACUUUGAACUUAUUUGCUCAGAAAAUCUUCUAUUAGUACCUGAAAAACUAUAUUUGUAGCCUGAGUCUUCAUCCCAGUAUUCUUUCUUACCUGCUAUUGUUUCAGUGCAACUUAAAGUAGAAUAUUAGUAUAUAUUUUACUCUUUUCCUACCUCUGUUUUUAAGGAUGGUACAGGACAAAGUAUAUUCUUUUAUUCUUCACAGUGUAUCAGACCUUUUCUCAAAGUCUGAAAUGAUCAAAAUAUCAAUUCUGUAAUAUCUAGUUUCUUUAGCUGACCCAAGAAUUUUUAAAAGUUUUAUCUAUCUGAUUUCUUGCAGCAAUUCUACAGUUUUAUAUUGUAUAUCAACAAAUACGCCCACACAGUGAAGAUUCAAAAAUCUUUAUAUGUACAAGAGAUACAUAGUAAAGGCUGUAAAGGCUAAUCACAUCUACCAGUGAAGGCUAAUCACAUCUACCAGUACAAAAACAGGAACCAUUGCAAAGAACUAUGUGUCAUGCUAUCCUGUAACUGGUAACUUAAGUUUCAGAUGCUGUGAACAUAAGUUUUAAGAAUUUGGGGUUUUCUCCUAUUUUUGAUGGUUUAGGAGAAGGCUUUUGUAGCUUUUUAACACUCCCCAUAAUUAGAUUUUACGCAGCCCUUCUCCAUGUUGAAAUAUAUAAAUCCUUCUCUGCAACUGUGCAAAUAUGCCAAGGAAAAGGCUUUUAUAAGGGGUGUAAUUUUUAUGUUUAACAGCAAAUGCUUCAAACUUCAUUCAUGGUGCCUUAUCCUUAAAUGGCUCCCAAUGGAGUUUUGUGUCUGUGCGCACACACAAAAUUGGAUAUUGUAAGCUUCAUGCACACUCUGUCUUCUCUCACUAUCUUUGCUCAGCAGUUCCAUUUCUAUUUACUGCAGAAACACUACUGAGUAAUUCCUGUAGUUCCAAGAACCAGAAUUUGGGUCUAUUGCACUGCUGCUUUUGAUUUAGAUCUGACCUUUGCUUUUCACAGAAGACCUUUGGGAGUUUUUUUCUUUGCACGCAUUUCAAGUAAAUUUCUUUAGGAUGUUGGCAGUGAAAUAAUUAUUGAGUCCAUUUUAAGGGCACAUGUGGACUUGGUUUUUUUAAAUUCUUAUUGGAACUUGCAUGUAAUAUUCUUUCAUAAUUUUAUUGCCCUGAUUAAAUAAUUGAGAAUUCUCUUGAUGUGGCAUUAGGAGGAGUUUCAUUUUUAAAUCAUUUUGAUAAUUUUCACUUUGAACAGUCAAAUACUUCAUGUUCACCUAAAUUUCAAAUACGGUUGACAUAUGAUAAGCAUACUGUAGAUCAGUGUUUCUCAACCUUGGCAAAGAUAUGUGGAUUUCAACUCUUAGAAUGCUGGCCAGCUGGCUGGGAAUUGGAAUCCACAUAUCUUCAGAUUGCCCAAAAUUGAGAUAAUUUUCCUACAUUUUUUAAAAAUAUAAACAAUCCUUUUUAAAAAUUGCUCUUUCUUUGCGGGAUCUUUCAAGAACUAUUGCUUCUCAGUUUUCUUUUUCAUUUGCAGGGGACAAUAAUUACUGUAUCAAUCAACAGGAGGGAUGGCUAUACAAUUUCCUCACAAAGGUAGAAGUCAUUGCUCAUUCAGGAGAAUGCAUAAUGCUCCCAGUACAAUACAAUUACAUAGCUCUGAAUGGGAAGAUCAUUCCCCCUUCCUCAUCAAUAUGUACCGUUAAUCAGCAUCUUAGUUUUAACAUGCAGUUCAACAAUAUUCCCUACAGUUGAGAUGAGAAUAGCCUGUGAAGAUAGCAUAUGUUGAAAGGCUGGUUUCAGGGGAGGAGAAAAG